CAAACAAGAAACGGAAAGAACUGCUGCUGGUAGGCAAAAUCUGUUUACCUUCCGAUUGGAGUGUGUUACACAUAUCUACGGAUUAUUGCUAAGAAUGUGUCGUUGUGAUUAGAUAAGAAAUUAGUGAUAAUUAGUAAAGAAUGUAAUAUAUAAUCUUUAAAUAGGGGAAGUUAGUAUUAUUCUCUUUAGAUAAUCGACUGUGCCACAUCUCGCAAAACAAUCUUAAACGCACUAUAUAUGUGAAUACAUAAAGACCUCUAAAGAAAUUUAGACAAUUGCCUUCGGCAGUACUCACGAUUUAUUCGCUGCACUGACACGUUUAGAAUUUAAAAAGCAAAAAAUAAGAGAAAAUUAAUAGCAUUUUUCCACAAAUAUUAAAAAAUAUGUGUGUGAUAUUUUUUUACGUGAACUCAAACCCAACCUCCGGCGGUUAUAAGCUUAUUCUAGCAUCAAAUCGGGAUGAAUAUUUCGCCAGAGAUACACAAGAUGCAGCAAAGUGGGCUAACGCCGAACAUGUUUAUGGAGGCAUUGACCUCGAACCUGGACGUGAAGGUGGCACUUGGCUAGCUAUUGGUGGUCAUGGUGGCGUAUUUAAAAUAGGUGCGUUGCUGAAUUUGACUAGCGAACCAAAACCAAGGAAUGCUGCGGCUACACACCAUAACAUAAUGCACUUGAAUUAUGACAACAAUAAGGCUGAUACAACAGGGAACAACACUCCUCCUACAGACAACAAACCAUUACCACUACUGAACAAUGAAAAUUUUUUGUUAGGCCGUGGCAUGAUCGUCUCAAAUUUUGUCUCUUCCACGGAUGAUUGCAAUAUAAAAACUUACAACGCUGAACUAUUGGCCGAUUGCACCAAGUACAGCGCUUUCAAUUUUGUGUCAAUCGAAAUUGGUAAUGCGAAUAGACCUGCUGGUAUAACGCUGUUAAGCAAUUCGCCGCCCACUUUGGAGCAUUAUGCUGAUGGCAAAUGUUAUGGUUUUGGCAACAGUCUGGAUGCCGUACCUUUUCAGAAAGUCAUCCACGGACGUCAACGUUUCCAAAACAUUGUUGAGAAUUUCAACAAAAAGCUGUCAAACACGCCGUUAGAGAAUGCGCAAAAUCUACAAAAUGAAUUAGUGACAAAUUUAAAGAAUUUGUUAAAGUGUAAACAAAAGUUUUGGCCAGAUGCGGAAUUGAAACGACGCGCGCCCAAUUGGGGCGAACACUUGAGUGCGUUGAAUGUGAAUGUGCCGUUAGCGGACUACGGCAGUCGCACACACACCGUUAUACUGAUUGAUGAGCACAAUAAAAUGCAUUUCUACGAGGAAACAAUGGCUGGACUAGAUCCCGAGGGUGAAUGGCGACAAAUACAUAUCGAAAAACAGUUCUUUCAAAAACUGUAAAUAAGUUGGCAACGCGAAAAUGUUUACAAUGCUUUGGUGUGGUGCGCUGCUAAUUGGUUGUACAAAACUCAAUGCCUCUAAAUAGAAAUGUUUGAACUCAGGUGUAAUGACUAAAAUUUUUUUUUUGCAUAAGGAUCUAACAAAUAGGUGAUAAUAGAAUUGUGUACGUGUGCUUUCAUUGUAGUUGUUUAAAUAAUGAUUUAAAGUUUUAUUCUC